AGUAAAGUCCGUAUGUUAUUCGUACAGCUAUAAAGUAUCGAACCAAUGUUGAAUUAAAAAGAUCAAUAUCAAUUAAAACUGACAAAUAAUUACCGAGAAUAAUUUCUAUUAAAUAAAUAUUUGACAAGUAAUUAAGUCUGUUGAUCAGACAAAAAACCGAAGUUACAGAUUAUUUACAUUUUUAAAAAUGCAUGCGACAGAAAUUAUUGAGAUCAGUGACGAUGAAACGGACUGCGAUGAUUCUGAUGUAGAAUUCCUGUAUGACACAGUUACGAUACCACGGCGCGGGAUCAUAAAUCCUGUAAGUACAUCACUGAGUACAUCAUCAGCUGGCGCUGAUUCAAAUAAUAGAUUGGACCCAGUGUUUAUUGAAGAUGAGAUGAUGGAUGACAACAAUCAUUAUAAUUUAAUGCAAGAGUUAUCAAAAGUUUUGGGUUCAUGUAAUUCGAGACCCGAAGAAAGAAACUCUGACAUACGGACGUUAAAUAUUAACUCAGUAUCACAAGUUGCUGAUGAAAAUUUACUUCCAGAUUUGAAUAAUCAUAAUAAUUUUUAUGAAAACUCAGACGUACUAAAUCGCAUUGAGAUACUGAAGGUCGAGUCACUAAAUGAAAGCGAAGAAAGUUGGGUGGGGAGUAAAAAUGACAGUACUGAAGAAAUAAAAUUUGUAUCGGUUGAUGACUACAAAAAUAAUUUAACUAAUGAAAUAGAAUUUAAAAAAAGUUUUAUGAAUAUUGAAGCUGCUGAAGAUGAUACCGGAAAUAGCUCUGGAAGUAUCGAUGGUGAAUUAAACCCUGCAUGUUCUUGGGAUAAAUUUCCUGUUGACACACGCGAGCUGAAUAUUCUAAGAAAAUAUCUUCCUUUCGUUCAGCUCAGAAAUUUUUCACUGCCCGAUAGCAGCAGCGAGUCAUCAGAUGAUUCUAUUAGUUUGCCAGACCAUGAGCUGGAACAAAAUCCCCUACAAAUUGACAUCCCCAAUUAUUUAAAACCCGAGUUUAUAGAAAGUCCUGCCUGGGAAAUAAAAAAAGAAUGUAAUGAAAUUAAAUUUUAUCAAGAGCCGGAAGUUCAGGUGCCAUUAAAUUACGAGUGUGAGCAGUGCAACAAAUCGUUUGAAUCAGAAGAUCUACUAAAAUUCCACGUCAAGUAUCGGCACCCUGGCAGACGUUUUGAAUGCGCACUGUGCGAAUAUGCAAGUAAUACUAAAGUAUCAUUAAAGCUACACAUGUUUACUCAUACAAAAAUACGUUCUCACAAAUGUCCGCACUGUUUGUACGCAUCUUCAACUUCUCAGGCUAUAAAAAUACACAUUACGAAUGUUCACAUGAAAGUGCGACCUUUCAAAUGUACGGAGUGCAAAUUCACGACUGCUUAUCCAAAAAAUUUAAGACUACACAAGAUGAGAAUUCAUCUUCGUAAUCCCUCGAGUUCAACUAAAUCUUCACAGCUUGAAAGUUAUCAGUGUUGCUAUUGCGAUUAUAGAGCAAGUACGACACGUCAUAUAAGUCUUCACAUUCGUUACAGCCAUAGUGAUGAAGGAAAAUUAAAAUCCUCACAGAAUCACAAUAACUCUUUUGAAUUUAACGCGCACUCUCGUGCUGUUAAAAAAAUAUAUAAGUGCGAUGUUUGUAAAAUAAAACUUUUAAGUUUACGGGGAAUGGAUAAUCACAAGUCGCAUUUUCAUACAAUAAAUCCAUUUAGUAAAACACUAAACUGCCAACUUUGUCAAGAUACUUUUACGAAUAUGUAUAACCUAAAGCUUCAUAUUCAAGCUCACAAAAAAAAUUUUCAUAAAUGUACUGAAUGUCUUUACAUGACAACUUCUGUCCGGAGAUUUGAACAACACAUGAUGAGCCAUGUAAACAAUAAAUUAUUCGUUUGUAACGACUGCAGUAAAGCAUUUAAGCUCAAGAAAAUUUUAAAACAACACCGGAGAAAUUUUCAUUACGAAACUUUCAUGUAAAAUUAGUUUUAGAUGUUUUUUUUUAAAAGUAAAAACACAAAAGCGCGGGCCAUUUAAUUUAAAUUUCUUCUCUUGAUGAUUCUCAGUACUUGAAAAAAGUUUAUCAUAUUUUCAUAUGAAAAAAAUAUUCAAUUUGAAUUUAUUGGAUACUUAUCUAUGAAUUUGAAUUGAUUUUGAAUAUUUCUGCUCAGAAUCAUCAGUUAAAAAAAAAACUAACGAUUGAAUCGUUAGGAAAAAAUAUAUAUUUUACUUUAUAUUAUUAUUGAUAUUUAAUUAUAAGAUUUGUUAAUUUUAUAAUGAGUGGUUUAAAAAUAGAUAUAUUUAAAAAUUGCAGUUUAAAAAGAGAACAUUAAAUGUAAGAGUACUUAAAGAGUAAUUAAAAUUA